AUGUCUCUACCAUCAACACCUGCACGAUCGAGCCGGAGCUCAGCAACGUCGUCGCCCUCAUCGCGCGGCUCAAGAUCUCCAAUCGAGCUCACGCCGCGCAGCAAAGUCAAGGCCCUUCUCGCAAGAUUUGAUGAAGACUCAGAUGACGAGCUGCCCAUCAGGAAACCUGUGCGACCCGCCGAGAGGUCAAUUGUAGAAGCUGCUCGAUCCCCGAGGCGGUCACCGGCGUUGUCAGCAUCACGAGCCAGCAGUCCAGAGCGUAUACAUAGCACUGGUAAAAAUUCUGUCCAGCAUGGUGCUCAGCCGAGGGACCAGACGCCGGGUCUCUUCGUAUCUCCAGCCGAAAUUGCAUCCCCGCAAGCCGCAGGCUCGGAUUCAGACUCCGGCGUUCCCACUCGUGCUACCCACAAUGCUCGCUUCGCGGAGCUGGUCGCUCGGAAACGAGCAGAGCGCGAAGCGCGAGAGAAAGAAGAGCGAGCAAUACAGCAGCGCAUUUUAAAAGCCACGCAAAAAUCAAGGAUACCCCAUACCGCUGAGACGGACAGCGAGGAUGAGGCGGCAGGCCGGAAGUUGACCCAGCAGGCACGGCCUACGCGCAGAGCGGGCAAGAAGGCUAUAGAGGAGAUGAACAGGGAGACGCAGCGCAUGCAGCGGAACAUGCAGUUGACGCAUCAGGCGAGAACGAAGAAGAGGAUCACUACGAAGGAUCUCUUUGCCAAGCUCAACUAUAACCAACCGCAGCCUAGCAAAGCUGCUGCCUCAUCAGACGCUGAGGCCAUCCAAGACAAAGACACACCACCGACAAGCCCACCACUUAGUGAUGGUGAAGAUCGUACCGGGAAAGAAGCUGGGAGCGCGGGUGAGGUCAGACACGGGGCUAAUCACAUGAACGCAGUGCAGAUUGAGGAGGAUGCCAACGAUGACCUACCAUCGCUGCUGGAUAUCAUCGGGCAGAAGAUGAAGAAACAGGACAAGGGCAAAGCUCCCAUGAGGGAUGUGGAUGUACAAGCGGCACCAGAUAGCUUUGAUCUAGCUACAUGUCUGAGGCCUAAGGCAUCCUCGACAGAGAAACAGUCGUCUCUGAUGCUUGGUCGGGACAGUCUACUUCAGAAACCCACGCAGCCGAAAGAAAUUGACUUGAGCUCCGACGACGACAUCCCCAAACCCACCAAACCUCAGAAGUCCAGUCGUCUCCCCGUCUUCGAUCAAAUGCCAGCCAAGAAAGCGUCCGAAUCCAACUCCAUGCUCACUCUACGGGCUCUAGCCCACGUUACCUCACCAAAUAAGACCAGAGGAUCCAGAGGGUCUCUUACACCUUCCGAACUUCAGCUUCAGCUGCAACGACGGGCCCGACAGCAAGCGCAGAAAGCCAGAGAGGAAAGGAUCGCCGGCCUGAAAGCGAGAGGUAUUAUCGUUCAAACGGAGGAAGAGCGUGAGAGGGACCAGCUGGAGCUAGAUAACUUGUUGGAUAAGGCGAGGAAAGAGGCUAUGGUGCUUGCUAAGAAGGAGAAGGAUGCUGCGAAGAAAGAUGAAGUUCAAGCUAGCGGCGAUCGUCUGCCUGAUAGCGAAGAUGAGGAUGAGGAUGAAGACUACAUCUCUAGUGAGGAAGAGGAGGAAGGUGGUGUGGAGCUCUCGGGAUCUGAGGACGAAGAGGAGGUCCAAGAAGAUGAGGAAGACGGAGAGACGGCGGCAGGCGAAGGGCUGUUUGACGACCAAGCGGACGAUGAUGCCGGCGAAGAUGAAGAAGUACGCUCCGAUGAGUCGGAUGUUGAGAUGAACGAUGUAGCUUCCGAGUCAGAGCCGGAGGUGAAACCCACCAGAGGUGGAAAGCAGAUCAGGAACAAACGGGUCAUCACGGACGAGGAAGAUGAGGAUAUUGAGAUAUCAGUUGCCGCGAGCGCGCAACCGCCACCCUCAGAGCCAAGCGACGAGAUGGCCGCCUUUGGCUUCGGAGCAGUACCCGCAAGCUCUAUGGGUCUUACCCAGAUGUUCGCUGGUACGAUGCUCGACACACAGUCACAGUCGCAAUCUGGCAGCGGCAUCAGCCCACAUGUGGAAAUCGAUCAACAGCAAGAUUCCCUUGACUUCCUACGAGGUCUUUCUUCAGCUGCUCCGAUGAACUGGGACGCUGCGAUGGUAGAACCUUUUCAGGACUUCCUCAUUCAGGACAGCCAGAUCAGCCCCUCACAGAACGAGCACACGCAAAGCCAAAUCGAUUCGGCAUCACAACAGAUCAAGCUUGGGAUCUCUCAGCUACCAUCACAGUUUCCGCGACAGACCCCCUUAUCCGAAGUGCCAGACCCAACCCAGGAUGUGGGCUUUCAAGCUCGUACGCCUGCCAAACGCUCCUUGCCUCCGCCUUCGACAGUGGAGACGGAGAUCUUGCCUAUCCCGGAGUCACCCGUCGUUAGGAGGAAGGGCCGUCUCCAGCGCCGCAGCGAACAGAUCACGGUCCUCUCUGACCUGGAUGAAAAUGAAGCCGAUGUGGUGUCGGGGUCAGAGGAUGAAGGACAGGAUGCGUCGGCCAAUUUAUUUGAUCUCAUGCGCAAAGCUGCCAAAAAGCAGACAGCUGUUGAGACCUUUGACAAGAAGAAGAGUAAUGCUAGAGAGAUGGUCCAGGAGCAAGCUGAAGAAUCCGAAGAUGAGUACGCUGGCCUCGGGGGUGCUAGCGACGAUGAGAGUACAGGCGAGAUGGAUGAGGAGGUGGCGAAGAUGAUCGACGAAGGCGAGGUUGACACUGACGAGCGGCAAAUUGCUGCAUUCUUUGCCGACAAGGAGCGCAAGGACGACGAAAAGCGCAUCGACAAGCUAUACAAAGACCUUAUGAAUGGCGCGCUACGCCGCAAGCGCGGAGCGGAGUUUGACCUGUCAGAUGACGACGACGAUCGCGCUCAGGAGCGCAGACGACGCAAGCAGAGAGAGUUCGCCAAGAUGCGCAAGGCCUUGCUCGCGGAUGAGAAUAUCGGGAAGAUCGCAGAGAACCCCAAGAAAGCCGCCUUCCUGGCUGCUAUCGAAGACCGCCUAGACGACGACAUCGACUUCCUCAAGUCUCCGGAGAAGCCCACAGAGCCGACGCCUUCAGCAGAGAACCAGAGAUCACCAACAAGGCGACGCAGGGUCUCUCCGAAUCCUCGGCGCACCGCUCAACCUACACGAACCCUAAGUUCACUAUCAAGAGCCGCAUCCCUCUCCCGCUCGCCAUCUCCCGCCACAGAUCUCGAAUCCGGCGCCGAGCUCUACGGCCCUCCCACCCCCCUGAAACCCUCCCGCGCCCCCUGCAUAAAUCGCCUCUCCCUCCUAACACCCACCACAACCACAACCACCUCCACUACGCCUCUCGCCUUCCACGCCCCCACCACCGGCCUCCACCGCCCCGGUUUCCGCAUUCCCUCGCUCCUGCGCCAAGCGACAUCCAACCAGUCCCUCGUAUCCACAACAUCCUCAACCUCAGGUCGUAAUACCCCGGUAGCGGAGAACACGGUUAGGAGAGGCGGGACGAAGAAGAGUAAUAUCCAUUACCAGGCUAGGGAGGCGGAGAGGAAGAAGGCGCUUGAAGCGGGGGAGAAGAGGAGAGUGGGGGAGGUGGAGAGAGCGGCGAGGAGGGCGAGGGAUGGGAGGGGUGUGCUUGCUGUGUUGGAGAAUGGGAGGGGGUUUGAGUAA